AUGAACAAUUAUGUGGAGUAUGAGGAGGAGCUAAAUGAUUACUACAUCCAGCUCAGUAUUCAGGACUCCUGUCAAGAUGCCUUCCUGAAAUCUUCAGCCAGCUUAACAGCAGCGACAGAUGAAAAUCUGAGAGUCCUGGCUGCCAUCGAGCAAGGUGAGGUCUUGGUGCUCAGGGAGAUGCUCAGACACACUUUCGCCUUCAGUGAGUCGGACAGUCGCGGCUGGCUUCCUCUCCAUCGAGCCGCAUCCCAGCCGGUGCUGGAGAUUCUGCAGACCAUCCUGAGAUUGGCGGCUCAGGGGCUCAGCCUGGAGGAGAGGACGGUCGUAGGAGGAGAGACGCCACUCACCCUCGCCAUCAAAGCCGGACUGGAGCAGAAUGUGUCGACCCUGCUGGAGUAUGGAGCUUCACCUCACAACACCAACAGCAAAGACGAGUCGCCGCUGCUGCUGGCGGUGAGGGCUGGUUCGUACGCGAUGUCGUACAAGCUGAUCUCUCACGGUGCCUGGGUGGAGCAGGCUUGCCGGAAGAAGCGGACGCCCAUGCACGAGGCGGCCAAGAUUGGUAGCGUGGAAAUCCUGAUGCUGCUGCUGAAGAACGGCGGCCGUGUAAGCCAAAAGGACGGGAUGGGGGUGACGCCGCUGGCCAUGGCUGCAGAACAGGGACACUUCCACGUCGCUGAGAUCCUGUUGAACUACGGUAGCAAAGUGAACUCUCAGGCUUAUGAUGGGGAAAGUGUCCUGCUGGACGCGGCCGGAUCAGGAAACAUCAACUGCAUUCAGCUGCUGCUGGAAAACGGGGCAGACCCCAACCUGGCCACCGUGAUCGGCCUCCUGCCCAUCCACAAAGCAGCUUACGCCGGACAUUAUGACAUUCUGAAGAUACUGAUACCUCUGACCACCAAGAGGGCUAUUAAAGAGGCAGGUCUAACCCCAGUCCACUCUGCGGCGGAGGGAAGCCAGAGCCUCUGUCUGAAGUACCUGCUGGACUGUGACUUCGACGUCAACAGCCGCAUGAAUACCAGACACUCAGACAACUAUCCUGACAUGAGGCGGAGCGCCUUGUAUUUUGCUGUCUCCAACGGUGACGUCGAAUGCACUAAGAUCUUGCUGGCAGCUGGGGCGAAGACCGACCUGGACCCGCUGUCCUGCUUCCUGGUGGCGGUCCGGUCAGGUAAAUAUGAGCUUGUGAAGAUGCUGCUGGCUGCUAAUGCAGACGUGAACUAUUACUUCUCGGUGGUGAACAACACGGUGUUCCCCACGGCGCUGCAGUACUGCCUGAAGGACGAGGUGAUGAUGAGGCUGCUGCUCAACAACGGCUACAUGGCGGAGCGUUGCUUUCAUUGUCACCAUGACAAACUCUUAGAUGCUGCAGAUGAUGUGGAUGGGAAAAUACCUUUCUGUGAAUUCAUCGGUCUCUGCUGUGUCAAACAUCUGUCCGGGAGCGUGGUCCGGAUUCUGGUGGACUACGUCAACCACGUCCCCAUCUGCUCCAAACUCAGACACAACCUGCAGAAACAGACAGAGUGGUUGGAAAUAUGUGACAUCCUCAGCAGUCCUCGCUCCCUCAGGCACCUCUGCAGACUGGAGAUCAGGAAGCGUCUGACCCUAAAGAAACUCAACAAGCCGGACAUCAUGAACAUUUUCCCUCCCAGACUGAAGAACUUCAUACUGUACGAGGAGCUCAACCUCUACGACCUGGACCCUGAAUGCAUCAUGUGA